GACUAAUUUCACAUUGCUGACCAUUGCAAUGGCAAUGCAACAACAUUUGUAUUGAUGAUUUCCGACACACCACACUCAUGAUGGAUGCUACUGUUGAUGCAGAUGCUGACGAGCUACUCUUCGAGCCCUUCUUGCCGUCGCCCCCGGACAGCUAUUCAUGGGAUCCGUCGGAACAGAACUUAGACGACAAGAUACUACAGGGCUACCUAGAAGACAGCCAGCCAAUCUCAAUUACGGAACUCGGCGAGGAUGGCGAAAGCUCACAUGGCCCUGUUACACCUGUGCCGGACAGGGAUUGUAUCAUCGGAAGAAUAGAGGAUAUGCUGGAAAGGAUUGUGGAUGGUUUGCUCGCAGGGAACGAGCAACUCACCAUCAAUCUGAAGACACGCUCAGGCCUCAGCCGACGGCACCAGGAUGCAGGCACGAUCCCAUCUGCAAGGGAUAUAGAAAUCAGCUAUCCGGGAAACAAUGCACAAGAUGCAAGACGGUUCACCAUCGUCGUACGAAUCCUAGAACUCAUCCACGGCUGCCUCAUCGACGAUGUUAUUAUAACCAAACGUGACAUGUACUACAGACACCCUGAGCUGUUCGGCAAACAGCCUGUGGUAGACCGAUAUGUUGAUGACAUAGCGUGUACUCUCGGGGUGCCGAGAUCACUUCUCAACGUGACUGCCGCAGCAAAGGGCUUGGUAGCAGGUAACUUCGUUUUGAGUCGAGCGGACGGAACUUCGAUGCGUGGCUUGAGCGAACCAGAGGGUAUAUUGGUACCCACAAUACAAGCUGGAGAUGUACUAGACAUGUCAGCUGUUCACUGGAUCCUUGUCAUCGAGAAGGAGGCAACAUUUCGCUCCGUGCUUAGCUCGCCUCUCUGGAAAGUGCUUGGCACACAAGGUCUCGUCCUCACAGCAAAAGGUUAUCCUGAUGUCGUAUCGAGGAGAUUUCUUCUUCACCUUGCUGAUGACUUCCCGCAAAUCUCGAUGCACGCACUUGUCGACUUGGACCCAGAUGGAAUCCAUAUCAUGUCAACGUACAAGCACGGUUCACUUCGUCUCGCUCACGAGAACGUUGCACAUGGGAAUACGCCCGGAGUAAACUUGCCGAAUCUACAGUGGAUCGGUGUCAAGAGUCACCACAUUGACCGAGCAUCGGGUAACGAAGGUGACACGACAACGGCUACUCUAGCAGAUGCCCAAGGCGUCAUGAAGCUGACGGCCAGGGAUAGGAAGAAGGCGCACCAUAUGCUGGAAUGGGGUAUUUGCAGGGAGUACGGCUCAGAGCCGGCGUGGCGGGCGGAGUUGCAACGCAUGCUUAUGCUGAAUAUCAAAGCGGAGAUGCAAAUAUUGGACGAGCUGCCUGGAGGCCUGGUCUUAUGGCUGAGCAGCCGGCUAGAAGUUAUGCAAGGCGGAUCAUCAGACGACGAGAUACUUUUUUGAGCAACAGAUAUAUUGGC